UCUCGCCUACAAUACAGUCAUUAUCGACGAUUACCAUGUUCAACUCGCACUUAGAUCUUGACAUGGCCAACAAUCCGGACUUCGUCUCUCUGGUACACGAGACGUUCUAUGGUGUGAAAACGAUUUAGUUCUGGCUACUGUAGGACGACAAUACUGAAUGAUGGCUGUCACGUCCUUGUCAACUUACGUCCGUGGAGCGCGCCAUCAUAGGCAUGUACACGCAGUGUACUGAUGUCAUUUAUCGAGACGUGAUUUUGGAGUCGUGCUCGUCAAUGUUACCGUCCAGGUUUCCUGCAGCAGCCGACGUCGUAGUACGUCCGCGGGCGCCCAGCUGUCUGAAUCCAGACGGCAGAUUUCCAGGACAACAAGUCUUCCCAUUCUGUUGUUCUGUCGUGCAGCAUCUCGCGGACCUCAAGAUCUUACGACAUCAAUGUCGCCCUCCCCCACAACUUCUGUCUUUACAUCUUCGUUACUCACGCCCAGACACCAGCUCCUUCUUGUCGACUGCGCCAUCGCCGCGGUUCCCUUACACUCCGUCAUGUCAGAGCGAAACGAGAUCCAUCGGGCAACAUAAUCUUCACAAUAUUCAUUCUCAAAAGGACCGGCAUUGCUGGCAAUACCGCUGUUGCCACUCUGGUCAUCACCGAAUGGAUUACGACAACGAUGCUUUCUUUAGAGCCUUUCAGGGCUUUCCUACCGCCAUUCAUCGCUUAUACAUUUUCAUCAGCACGCUUGUAAUACGCAUCUUCAGCAUUCAGUCAUUCCCUCAUAAUAGGGUCACGGUCUUGAGUCUGUACCACAAAAUUCUGUGUCCAUGCUCCCAUCGUGGCAAGCGGAUCAUGCCCAUGCUGCACAGAGCGGUGAUAGAGUCUCCGCAGAUAGUCGGAUAUUCCACGAGCGUACCACAAUUCGUCGUGUCAUAGACAGACAUACGAUAGCGAUCUUUAAUGCCAAGUUCGGAUUGUUCCAAUUUCACAAUGUCCGUAGCUUCCGAAUCGCUACGCUACUCUCCGGAGGCACUUCGAUUCUCCUCACACUGACAGCUAUUUGACGCCCAAUGCUGACGAGAAAGACCGCAUACGAAGAGGAAACUAUUUCUUACUCAAGUCUUUGCCAGAGUCGCUAGUCAUCGCAAAUAUUUUAAUCAAAUUCA